GGAAGUGCAAUUUUCGAAAGCAUUUUUGAACCAGAAUUCACAUUUCUUUUAGAUUAUUGCUCUUCUCAGGACGGAAGAACUUUGGAACACUGAUGAAACUGAAGACAUGACAUGAGCUUCAGCUAACAUCUGUAAUCUGUGUAUGAACGAUCUGCAACAUGAUGGAAUUUAGAUUUGUGUGAAAGUGACAAAUAUCUACUCAAACCAUCCAAGAUUCAUCAAAACAUAAUACUUUAGAAACCAUAAACAGUUUAGAUUUCACACAAUGUCUGGUAGGAGGUCUUCUAGAAACAGAGACACGACAGAUGCUACUGUCAAGAAAAAUAAUGUUCAAUGUGAUGACAAUGUUGAUGGUGAUGACAUUACCGUUGAAACUGUCUCAAAGAUAUUACUGUUUAAUGAGGCAGAUAAUCAGUAUGAAAACGCAGGAGAUAAAACUAGGCGUGGUAAAACAACACUUUCAAGAGAAGAUAGGAGAAGAAAAAAGAUGGAGGAAAAAGAAAAGUUGUUGAAAGAUAGAUCACAUGCUGUAAACAAGCCUGAGUCCUCAUUAGAAAAUCAAACAGAACCAAACAAUGAAGUACCUACAAAUAAAAGAAAAUCAUUAAAGGCUGGAAAGUCAAAAGGGAAAUCGGGUCAACAGGAUUCUGUUGACCCAAGUGGAAAAGACAAUGAAAUUGCCACUCCCAUUGAAACUGUGCCUAAAAGACCUGGAAGACCCCCUAAGUCCUCAAAGAGAACUCAGUUAAUCCCAAAGGAAACAAAAAAGGAUUCCGAAAAGCAAAAAGAUAAUAAAGACUCUGAUCUCUCCAAUGACCUUAAUCUUAGUCGCAGACCAACUAGGGGAAGGUCGGCCCAAAAGACUCAGUCCAAUGGAGUUGAUGACAAGGCUAUACGUGAUGAAUCUAUAAAGAGUCCUAUACAUGAUGAAUCUAUAAAGAGCCCUAUACAUGAUGAAUCUAUAAAGAGUCCUUCAGAGUAUGAAGAAACCCCUCCCAGAAAGAGUAGGAGGAAAUCAGCUUCUCCUCGUAAAGCUGUAAACUCACAUGAACCAGUUGAACUUGAAAAUGACAGUUUUGAAACGGGAACAAUUAACUUCCCAAUAUCAAAUGGACUUCCCUCUAAAAGGAAAGCUGGUAGAUUAAGAAAUUCAACUGAUGGUGUGUCUAAUUCUAUUGAGCCAUCUGAAUUACCCAACCAUGUCGCCCCUGAUAUUGAUAUACCCAUUGAUCAAGGAGUUAAAAGGAAACGAGGUAGACCAAAGAAAUCCCUACCAAACAUAGGCAGUGAUUCUGUCCCUUUAAAAGGUUCUAAUCUUGGCUCACCAUCUAAUGUGAACUUUCUUGAAUAUCAGGGGAACUCAGUAAAUGAUUCAGGUAAAAAGAGAGCUGGAAGGCCAAAGCAAGGAAAAGGAAGACCAAGUAAGGAAUCAACAAACUCUAAGCAAGCAAAUACAUUAGUCGAGACUCUUGAUGGAUCACAAAUUGAUCAACACGUAUAUAACAAAUGGAAAAGUGAGCUGGUAGCCAUCAAAAAAUGUAAAUGCCCAAUUUGUAAGGUAUGCACGCGUUCAACCAUAGACGCCAUGAUUGUGCAUUAUAAAACUUGUACCCCCAUAGACACGGACUGUAAGCUUUGCACUCCUGUAAAACCCUUUACUACAUUGCCAGGGCUGAAAUAUCAUUUAGCUGUAGUCCAUGCAAAGCUCCACACAAACCCUAAAAAUCUAAAUGAAGAAGAAAUUGAAGAAAAGAUCUUCUCGAUGCUUCAUUCUAAAAUCAAUUGCCCAAACUGUCAAAGCGCAUUCAUAUCUCUUUCAAGAUACAGGUAUCAUAAGACGAUAUGUGGACGAGAAUACGACAAUAUGAACUGCCCCGAAUGUAAAGUCAGUUUGAUGGUUAUAGAACUGAAGGACCAUUUGUUCAAAGAGCAUAAAAUAGGAACUCCUGAUUCUGAUGCCUCUGAUGUUGAAGCUGAAUCAACUGGACCAAAGGAAUUCAUGGCCAGUGGCGCUACAAAGAGGGGUGCUGCCAAAAGAGCUAUAAAGACAAUGAAAACUCUAGGACAAGAUGAUGAUAUGGGCGAAGGUCCAAAAAAGGAAGCAAAGAACAAGAAAAAGAAAAGCAAAAUCAAGUUAGAAUUUGAGGAAAAUGUUAGUGAUAGUGGUUCAGAGUAUGAUGUCGGAAAGGAUAAAGAAGAGUCCACAGAUGAUGAAUCUCCUAGUGAAGUUGAUGAAAGUGAUGAUAAUAAUCCCCCUAACUCUGAUGAUGAGACCCCUAGUGCUAGAAAAACAAUCAGGAUCAGGUCCUCAAAAGCUCAAAGUUCAGUGGAGAGGAAAUAUAAAUAUAAAGCCAAAUAUUGGGUGAGACAAAUGCCUCUCCAGUCCUCAAAUUUAGGACGCAGCUUGGAAAAGCAGUUCCAGAAACUGUAUUACACUGAAGUAGUACCUAUUACCCAGUGGCACAGUUGUAUUGAUGAUUGGUCAACAAUUAGUCCAGAUGAACAACAGUCAUACCUUCCUAUGCAGACUAAUGUCAGUUUUGGUGUAAAGGAAACAUCUGGUCCUAUAGAAGAUGUGUGUUUAUCCAGAUUUGGUGUGAAUCGCAACAAGAACUGUGUGUCUAUAUUUGCAGGAGGUCCUGUCUGGUCUUUGGCAUGGUGCCCUACCCCUGUCACGGAGCCGAAUGCUACUCAAUACCUAGCUGUAGGGUCGCACAGGGAUGCUAAUGAAACGUAUAGCUGUAAGUACCAAUCUAGUAGCAAUGGUAUGAUUCAGAUCUGGAACUGUGGAGCUUUACAUUCCAAGACGCCUGACUCAGUUACUCCCAAGCUUGUUAUGACUAUAGCACAUGAAUGGGGAGGUGUGUGGGCCAUGAAAUGGUGUCCUUGUGGUGCCUGGGAAAAAGCAGAUUCUAUGGACACACCAAACUUGCCACGUCUGGGACUCCUGGCUCUUGCAUGCUCCGAUGGAAUGGUUAGAAUCAUCAGCAUCCCUCAUCCAGAAUUUCUGAACGAUUCCAGUUCUAGUCAGGAUCAGGUUAAUACAGACAACUCUGAGUCUACGAAUCCACCAAUGUACAAGGCCAAGAGUAUCGUCGAACUGAGACCUACAGCUUCAAGUACAAAGUUUGGCAACUGUUUAUGCUUGGACUGGGCUGUUCAGGAUAACGCUGCCAUCAUUUGUGGCAGCUUUGGAAAUGGCUUUGUAUGCCUCUGGAAUAUAUACAGCACAAGCCCUCUGAUUACUUCAGGAUUGGAUACCAAGAACCCCACCCUUUUACCUUAUAAGGUAUUCCAAGCAGAAUGCUUCCCCUUGAAGGCUAUCGCAUUUUGUCCCCAGAAUCCACGUUAUUUAGUCACUGGUGGCCCCGACCAGCAAGUUCGAUUUUGGGACACCAUGCAGACGUCAUUUCCUGUAAAGGAAAUCCUUGUUGGUCCAAUCACCAGCAUUUAUUGGCCGCAUUACCUUGGUACAGUUUUCGUAGUUUGCGAGGAUGGCUUCGGACCUGCAAGCGGCUUAUUCAGCAUUAUUUGGGAACAUGGAGAUUUUGAGUGCAAUCGCUUAUUCACAACAUCAUGCAGCAUGAACCAAGUGGUACAUAACCAUUGGUUGGAUACGGUAACCGUAGCAACUGUUCCAGGUUCCAUAUUUGGUUAUAUACCGACUGGGGAAGAAACUCCGAUUCGCUUUCGGUAUAAAUAUGAUCACAACAGGAAAUAUUUACUCUGUAAAACCUUAUAUGAAAUACUUCCAUCCGCAAACAAGGAUACACCAGGGCCUUCAUCUGGUAGUACAACACCAAGGAGAAAUCCACCAGAAAGUAAUACUGACACUGACAGUGUAACAGAUAGUAUAGAAAGUGAACCAAAUAGAAAAGAAAAGGAAUCAACCAGUCAUAAAAUAUCCAUGAAUUUGACUCUAGAAGAUAGUAAACUGAGAGAUAUGCAAAGUUCAGUCAAGUCAAUUAAUGAGUUUAUCAAUAAAAGCAGUUUGUCGAGUGAGCUUCCGACAUGUACGUCCAUAAACAGAAUCACGUGGAAUCCCAACUACAAAAGUUGCCACUGGCUGCCAAUUUGCCUGACCAAAGUUGGAAGUGAACUACAAAUUGAUACCUGCUGCUGGAGAAAACUAACUAGACAUAUUGCAAGAUUAGAUAAAGACUGCAAGCUGACUGACAAUGUAGAAGUAUCCUCUGUAGAUGGCUGGGGAGUGAUUAUGUCAAUAAAGUUACAUUUUACUCUGUCCAUCAAGACUGUGUGACCUCAAAUAUUACAGAGAGAAUGUCCAUUUCUACAGGGCAAGAACCAUCUAUCAUCUACAUGUAAUAUGCCUACAAUAGCCAACUCAUGAUACUUCAGAUGGAUUAUUUCACCAGCUUCCAAAAAUACAACAUACAUGUACUUAAAAGGAAAAGGAAAUUAUUACAGUAAAACCUUUACAAUCCAAACUCCUCUAAGACUGGCUAAAAGUGUUCGGUUGGCACUUGGCAGGUGUUCAGAUUUCAAGGUUUUCUUACUCCAAAGUCUAUGGC